CGAUCAAAAUUUGUGUCAUGUCAUCCGACACCGCAUCGACAAAUCUGUGGCUUGAGCGAUCUCGUCUCGAUGGAAUGAUGUUAGGAGCAGUAUCCUACGGCGGAUUCUUCAUCCUUACGGUGCAAGCUGCGAUCGCUCUCAUGCAACGGCCUCGACAUGGGGGGAAGAUUGCAGACAGUCGCUUGACUCUCCUUGCCUACAUAUUUAUAACGUUUGUAUUGGGGACGAUAGGUUUCGCUGGGAACGCAAAAUACACGCAGAUGAUCUGGAUAGACCUUCGGGAUGCGCCUGGUGGUCCAUCCGCACUGAUUGAGGAUGAGAUGAAUUAUUCUAUCAACGUCGUGGCGAUUUCCUGUUACUUAGUCAUGGAGUGGUUUAUGCAAGCCCUACUUCUUUACCGAUGUUUUGUAAUAUGGAAUUGGGCAAGAUACGUGAUGGUCCCGAUGAUCAUCCUCUACAUUGCCAUGACUGCAAUGGCUAUUCUUGUCUUGAUCGAGUCGAGCGCUGGUGCCAUAUUCUACGAUAUCAAUACCGAACUGGCCUACCUCUCCCUCGAGGUUGGGCUCACUGUCAUCUACUCCGUCCUCGUGACGAGUCGUUUGCUCUCCAUGCGAGGCCUGAUGAAGCAGAUCAUACGGGAAUAUGAUUCUAGCACCUAUGACACCGUCGUCCUCAUGGUCGUCGAGUCCGCUAUGGCAUACAUUGCCUACGCCAUUGUUUUCAUAGUUUCCUUCGGUAUGCAUAGCAAUGUCUCCAAUCUAUGUUUCCUGUCUAUCAGCCAUGUCCAGGGCAUCGCCCAAUUGCUUAUCAUCAUCCGUGUAGCAAGGGGGCGGGCAAUCACUUCGGAGCAUACACGAGCUAUUGCAGCACAUACGACUAUGGCAUUCUCAGCGACUGUAUCUGACGAAAUGGAGGAAACCAAUAUUGAGCCGACAGCAGGGUCUGAAGAGGGCAGUGUCGAGUUGUAUUCCGGUAAGAAGGCGGCUGAAACAAAAGAGGAAACAGCAUGAAGAUGACGCGAGGUUGUACUUAUUCAUACUUGUUAUGCUUAUAAGCAUACAAAUGGUUGAACUGUUCUUGUUUGCACCAGGCCGGCAGAAGUUUUCGAAGUAGGGACGGAAAUGUAUGAGUACUUCAUAGUAUGGAUGAGUUGCAC